UCCAAAACGCAGUCGUUUGAAGCAUUAUAAACUGAACGUAAAAAAUUCUAGGGAUUUAGCACUCUGUGAUUGAUUUCUCUGACGAUCAUUCAGAAUUCUGUAGAAUUCUUUCACUUUCAGGUUUUGUGAAAAUGGCCCGUGUUUAUAUUGGGAAUUUGGACCCUCGAGUCACUGAGAGGGAACUCGAAGAUGAAUUUCGUGUCUACGGUAUUCUCCGAAGUGUUUGGGUUGCUCGCAGGCCACCAGGAUAUGCAUUUAUCGAGUUUGAUGAUAGGAGGGAUGCCCUUGAUGCAAUUCAUGCCUUGGAUGGAAAAAAUGGCUGGCGUGUAGAGCUUUCUCAUAAUUCUAAGAGUGGAGGAGGAGGCCGUGGUGGUGGGCGCGGCGGACGUGGAGGGGAAGACCUGAAGUGCUAUGAAUGCGGUGAACCCGGACACUUUGCUCGGGAGUGCCGUUCACGUGGUGGUUCACGAGGCCUAGGAAGUGGAAGAAGACGAAGUCCUAGUCCUUAUUAUCGUGGGCGUCGAAGUCCAAGUUACGGUUAUGACCGCAGGAGCUAUAGCCCGUGUGGGAGAAGAUCUCCAAGACGACGUAGCAUAACUCCUCGUGGUCGUAGCUACAGCAGAUCCCCUCCUCCAUACCGUUAUUCCCGCCGUGAUUCACCCUAUGCCAAUGGAGAUUAAGAUCCGAAUGUGAACAGAGUAAAUGAUGAAUAAUUGUUGUGGAGCCCUCUGUGCUAUAGUCUAGUUUCUCUAGGAUUGGGCGAGCAUACAACAUAGAUGUUAAUUAAUAAUUUUGUUUUGUCAUGACAAUGGGUAUUGCUAUGAACUUGGAUUGCUAAGUGUUGUAGCCAACAAAAGCUUGCCUCUCUUCAGCUUACUAAAACCCGAAGGUCGCUUCAGUCUUCCCUACUUUAUAUGUAUAUAUAUAUAUAUAUUCAGUUAUGGUGAUUUUUUGUUUUUUAGUCUUACUAAUCCACUAUGAUUAUUUUUUAUAUAAUGACAUUAAAAAAGGUUUCUAAAAUGUUUGUUUCUCUGUUUUGAAGUGUGGUUAUCGGCCAAAACAGCAUCGUUUCACCACUUAGUAGAUCUUGGUUGUGUGGUAUCAGAAAGGUUGGUUCUAUUUAACUAAACUCGCACACAUUAAGUGUCAUGCAUCACCGCUCAUCCUCCUUUUGAAUUUGAGAAGCUUAAGGGCGGAUAGAUAAAAUGAAAUACCGACUUGCUGCAUCUUCUUGAAAUCCCAGGAUUUGCUUAGUGACUAGCUGCAUGUAUUGUCUGCUUCUCACCGUUCUGUGGUAACAUAGAUGGUUCGUUCGAUUUAACUAAACAUGCACACGUCAAAUGUCUUGCAUUGCCGCUUCGAUCUUAACUAGUGUCAGCUUCUGCUUCCUUACUUGGCCUUCACUUGCUUCUCCGUAGAGUUUUGUCUGUUACCUUCAGCUACUGGGAUCUAUGUCAUUAGUUGUUUUCCAUCUGCAGUUCUACUUAGCUUAAUAUUGUCCGAUAUUACGAUGGUUGAAAUAUGGGAAAUUCACUGUUUCUUGGCCUGUUUUUCUUUGUCGACUGUAAUUCAAUGACUUCAAGCGCCUGGAUGCCACAAUAACUUAAUCUGCUUUUAUUUUAUUUUUUUCUCUGACA